AUGCCUACUCCCGAGUCCGAGCAAUUCAAGGCCCAGAAGCCUACUGUCGCUCCCACCUUUAACGGCGUCGACUACGAUGAUACCAAGGCCUUCAAGGCUGCCGAGGAUGCCCUCAUCCGGGAACAAUGGGUCGGUGCCAUGAUGACCCGACUUGUUGGCGAGGAGCUGAACAAGUGCUACGUUCGUGAGGGUGUCAACCACCUCGAGAACUGCGGCCACCUCCGAGAGCGAUAUCUUCAAUUGCUCAAGUCAAACAAGAUCAAGGGCACUAAGUUCUUGCAACAAAACUACGUCGAUCAGAAGGAACAUGAUCUUGACCUGGCGGCCAAGGUCCACACAAGCGACAAGAUCGCCAAGAUGAACCGCGAUCGAUUCUCUUCGUAA